AUGACAACACCGGUGCCAAUGUCGACACCAGUACCAAUGCCAAUACCGGUGACAGUGCUGACACCGGUACCAAUGCCAAUACCGGUCACAACGCCGCCACCAGUGCCAGUGUUGACACCAGUACCAAUGCUGAUACCGGUGACAAUGCCAACACCAGUGCCAGCAUCAACACCAGUACCAAUGCCGAUACCAGUACUGAUGCCGAUACCAGUGACAAUGCCAACACUGGUACCGGUGCUGAUACCGGGUGACAAUGACACCACCAGUACCAAUGUCGACACCAGUACUGAUGCCAAUACCGGUGACAGUGCCGAUACUGGUGACAAUGCCAACGCUGGUACCAGUGCUGAUGCUGGUGACAAUGACACCACCAGUGCCAACGUCGACACCAGUACCGAUGCUGAUACCGGUGACAAUGCCAACAGUGGUACCGGUGCCGAUACCGGUGACAAUGACCACAGCAGUGCCAACAUCGACACCAGAACCGAUGCCAAUACCGGUGCCGAUGCCACCACCGGUGCAAUGCUGAUACCGGUGCUGAGGCCGACACCGGUGUGA